AUGGAUCAUGAUCAUCAUAACCAUGAUCAAUCAUCACCCACAACGAAUUCAACACACAGUGGCUAUCAUUUGGCUUAUUGUAGAACUAACUUCAACAUUUCAGCUUUUUCUGAGCAAUUAACAGAUGAUGUUACGAGACACUCUUGUCCCAUAUGCUCAAAAUCAGUAAUGGAUAUGUCUAUGAUGUGGAAGAGACUAGAUGAAGAGAUUGAAGCUACUAUGAUGCCUGAAGAUUACAGACAAAAGAAGGACCUAGAUGCAUUCUCUGCAGCUAUUGUUACUAGGCUUAGAGCAAUGGUUGCAAGAGAUGAGUUUAGAAGAAGAAGAAGAAGCAAGGCUGCAGCUAUAGUUCAGGUUGAUCUUGAAUCAGCAAAGGGGCAAUGGAUUGUAUUUUUUGUAUCUAAUUCGUUUGUACAUUUUUGUUACAACUUCUAUUGA